AUGGCCGUGCUGGAGUUUUCGCUCACUCCUGAAGCGACUGGCCGGAUUUACGAGCUACUGGUCUGCCUGGCAAAAUUUGGCGACAAUGUCUCCAUCGAGGCGAGAGGCGAGAAGCUGACCCUCACGGCGUUGAAUCUAUCGAGGACGGCAUAUGCUUCAUUCGCGCUAGAUGCCCGAGCAUUCUUCAUCCACUACAAAUUCGACUCACAAAGCAAGACCAGCGGAGGCGACCGCUUCACCUGCCAGCUCUUCAACAAGGCACUUCAAUCGGUUUUUAAAGGCCGGACGACUGACGUUCGUGGACGAGAGACUACCGUGGAGAGGUGCGACGUGAGCAUCCAAGAUCAGCCGGACAAGACUGAAUGUCGACUCAUCGUGAAGAUGCUCUCCAGACAUGGACUCACAAAGACGUAUCGGUUGACCUACGAGUCGGUAGAGGUCAUGCAUGCGCUCUUCGAUCGCAACACGGCCACCCAAGGAUGGAAGAUCUCCUCCCGUAUUCUGCGAGAGUACGUUGAAUACUUCGGACCCAAGACAGAGCAGCUAGACCUUCUCGCAAAAGACGGCAAGGCUGUCUUCACCAGUUUCACGGAAAAGGUCCUUGAAGGGAAUGAAACUCUCAAGCAGCCUCUCGAAACGGCCAUUUCCAUUCACACCGAGGAUUUUGAGGACUUUCACAUGCAGGAGAACAUGCACAUUGUGAUCAGCGUCAAGGAUUUCCGUGCAAUCGUCACCCACGCAGAGACCUUGAAAGGUCCCAUCUCAGCAUACUUCUCGUAUCCUACUCGACCGCUGCAGUUCAGCUAUCAGAACGCAGGCAUUCACUGCGAGUUUACCUUGAUGACCACUGGCGAUGGGCGAGGGUUCACCGCAACACCGACUCCAAGAUUCGUGUCGACGAGGAGUUCCUCACAGCAGCCAUCCCUAGCUCCUGUAAACGGCACUGCGAAGUCGCUAUCCAACAUGCCUCCACCAGCCCGGCCAAACGCUAUCAAGCCAUUAGGAAGUCUGUCUCAGCGGCCUUCGUUCAGAGAGAGCGCGCAGGCAACUUCCGCCGCAGCGUCUGAUCCGGAUCCUGAAAGUCUCUUCAUCCCCGAGGCGGGCCAGGACGAUGAUCAGAGAUGGGACCCUCCAAGCUUUGACCAGAAUGAGGAAGAAGAGAUGCUCGGCUGGGACGCUAGCAACGACCAGCUCAAUGCCAGUGCGCGACCGACCUUGAAGGAUAUCGCCGGGUCCAGGAAGGCAACGCAGAAUAUUUCUCAACAGCAGCACCCCAGUCAAGACGGCUUGGAGCCGACACAGCGUCUAUCCCAGGUAGGCGAAGAGGAUUUUGCUGGCGGAGUUCAAGAACUGACCUUCGCAGUUGAAUGGCCUCUUCGAUUGAGCGCAGAUUGA